UUGUUAUGGUACCAUAUAGGAUUCCAUAAAGGAAGAAGGACAACGCAAUAUGAUGUGCCUAGGUCUGUGCUGUUCCAGCUGAGCGGAGAAGGACCUUCCUUCCAGCUGUGUCCGGUUCGCCUCCCCCCGAAGGCAAAGAUACUAAGGGUAGGCGUUGGAACUACCCACUACAUCGCUCUCACAUCAGAUACUCUGGUGUACACUUGGGGCGAAGGAAAGAGGGGGGAGCUGGGCUACCAACCCACUGAUUGGCAAGAGGAGCCCAAAUUGGUGGAGGCUCUCCUCAGCAAAUCUAUUGCCCUGUGA